CCGAUUGUGACAUUGUGAGAAUAGGCUAGGCACAGAGAGAGGAGGAGAGAAGUUUUAUCAGCAUUAGUCAGAAACUUUUUAGCCAGAGGAAAGAAAAGAAGGUUGUUGGUGUUUGAGUCUUUGAAGUUUAGUCUGUGUUUGUCAAGAGAAAGCAAGUCAUCGUUGGCCGCCAGUCUCGGGUUUAAAAGAGGACACAGAUUCAUAAUGGCUACUAACAAGUUCAGACAUUUGGUGUCCAAGAGAAAGAGAAGAUUCAUUGCUGAUGGGUUUGAUCUUGAUAUGACAUUCAUCAAACCUAAUAUAGUAGCUAUGGGUUUUCCGUCUGAGAAACUUGAAGGAGUAUAUCGUAACAAAAUGUCAGAUGUGCAAAGAUAUUUUGACACGCAUUACACUGAUCACUACAAGGUUUAUAAUCUUUGUUCCGAGAGGUUUUACGAUCCCAAAAAGUUCCACAAAGUUACGGUGUACCCAUUUGAUGAUCACAACCCUCCUCCUUUUGAGCUGAUUCAACCUUUCUGUGAGGACGUUGAUGGCUGGCUCAAAGAAGACAAUAGAAAUGUUGCAGUUAUACAUUGCAAGGCAGGAAAGGGUAGAACCGGUGUCAUGAUUUGCUCGUACUUACUACAUGAUAGACUGUUUGACACAGUGAAGGAUGCCCUCCAGUUUUACGGAGAGGCCAGGACCCAAAAUGCAAAGGGCGUUACCAUCCCAAGCCAAAGAAGAUAUGUUCAGUACUAUGGCCACCUUAUUAGAAAUAAUUUACAAUAUUCUCCUCGGACAAUUUUAUUACAUGCUAUUAGAUUAGAAGGAAUACCUAACUUCAGUGGAGGGACCUGUGCUCCUUUCUUUAUUGUGAGAAAACACAAGGUUGUAUUAUAUACCUCAAAGGUUUAUGAAAGUAUUAGACGGACUGAUGCGUUUGCUGAGCUCAUGUUAACAAAGCCCAUUCCUCUUUGUGAUGACAUUAAAGUCGAGUUUUAUCACAAUCCGAGAUUUGGCUCAAAGGAGAAAAUGUUUUUAUUUUGGUUUAAUACAUUUUUUGUUGACUGGCAUGUAAUGCAGCAGGAGGCACAGAAUGCUAUGGCAACAAAGGAAGCUAGGGAGGAGAGGAUAAUGCAUAGCUCUCCUGCUUCUGCUGGUAUUGGUAAAGGGAACAAUGUCAGCUCUAGAGGUGUACCCACGGCUUCUCCUCUGACUACAAUUUCUGUUGAUCAGAAAGCCCCUUCAAGAUUAGCUGGAUACAGCACUGCUAAUGGUGAUAGGGCUGAAGGGGAGCUAGUCUCACUUGAUGCUACCCCAAAAGCUUCACACUUUCGAGUUGUUAUCUUACCAAAGAAUGAAAUUGAUAAAGCAAAUAAAGACAAGAAGCACAAGCAGUAUCCUUGUAACUUUAAGGUUCACAUGGUUUUGUCAGAGGCUGAUAAUCCUGGAUUCAGUCUUGAUCAUUAUUGUGAGGAGGAUCUUGAGUCUCAGACUGAUGAGCAGCCUGAUGAUCCUCACCACGGAGAAGAGAACCUCUCAGAUACUGACCCAGAGGAUGACGAGAACUGGGAAGAAGUAGAGUCAGUGGCUGUAUAGUUAAUGUUCCUGUAACCUUAAAGACACAGCGUAAUUACACUUUUGAGCAUCAAAAUAAUAUUAAACUGUGUUACCACUGUUUAUGUUUUUGUAUUCUAAUUAUUAUUAUUAUUAUUAUUAUUAUUGUUAUUAUUAUUAUUGUUAUUAUUAUUAUUGUUAUUAUUAUUAUUAUUAUAAUUACUGUUCUUAUUGUUAUUAUUAAUUAUUACUAUAUAAUCAACUGGUUGGUUCUUUACCACACAAUCGGGUGAUGGCAAAUCUCUUCUUUUCUCUUUUGUUGUGCUACUUGUGUCUUUACUCGUCUCAUUUUAGUUCUUUUUAUUAAGUUUGAAAACAUUUUUGUACUUUUCAGUGUAUUGAUGAUAUUUUUAUAGAGAAAAGGCAGGAUUAUGAUUACAUUUUGCAA